UGUCCAGCAGGUGUCCCCUCUUAGCCAUUAAACCAUGAGGACUUUUAGUCGUGUCAAAAUAAUUAUACUCUACUAAAAGAUCUAAUCAACAUUAAGUUAUCUCUCUUGUUUAGCUGUAACUUAAGGGUUCAGAAGAACAAUAUGCAGCAACCAGAGCAGAUAUGAAAAGGCCUUCCAUGAGGAUAGAUCUGCAUUCAUGAAAGAGCAUCCUGCAACUGUUCUAAUAUCUUGAUGCUUUGUUAACUUUUUACCUGGAAAAGAAAAAACUCAAAGUUCUACAGAUGAUUAUGCAAUUUCCUUGAUUGAUUUUAUACAGGCUUUUAUGGAGUGCUGAGGUUAAAAAAAUUACAAAUGUUGGAUCUGAGUUCCAACUGGCUCACAGAAGUUCCAUCCCUCCGUGGCAUGGUGUCUUUGAAGUUUUUGAACUUUGGAUUCAAUUAUCUGAAAAAUUUAUCCUCAUUCCGAGAGUUGACAACUUUAAGGGGCCUGGAGAUGCUUGACUUGCGUGGUAAUGGGAUUGCUGGUGUGAUACCUCCAUCUCUUGGGGCCAUGACAUCUUUAAAGAGCUUAUCAUUUCGUGGCAAUGGAUUAAAUGUCUCUUUCCCGGAGGAAGGUUUAUGUAAUUUGAAAAACCUCCAAGAGUUGGAUAUUAGCCAAAACAGCUUCGAGGGAUCUAUUCCUCCAUGUAUCAGCAAUUUAACAUCCCUCCGUCUCCUCAAACUUUCUGAAAAUAACCUUUCGGGAACCAUUCCUUCUGAUCUCCUUAGGCUCAAGUCCCUCGAAUACCUUUCCCUUUCUCUGAACCAUUUUGAAGGGUCCAUCUCAUUGAGUUUAUUUGCUAACAACUCCAAUCUUGAGGUUCUUGAACUUGGUAGCCUUAACAACGAGUUGCAUGUAGACACAGAAAAUACACCCUGGAAACCUCUAUUUCAGCUAAAAGUCCUACGACUAUCAAACUGCUAUCUCAAUGAUCCAAGUAGAUCUAUUCCGAGCAUUCUUUUGACUCAGCAUGAUUUAAGAGUUGUUGACCUCAGUUACAAUUCCAUGGUUGGAAAGCUUCCCACUUGGUUAGUGAAAAACAAUGCAAGAUUGGAGUUCCUUAGUCUUGCACAAAACUCAUUCAUGGGUCAAUUUGUGUUACCUGCUGAUUCUGAAAAUCUUGAUUUGAUUGUGAUUGAUGUGUCUACGAAUUAUAUUCAAGGCCCGCUUCCAACAUCCAUUGGCCAUAUUCUCCCAAAUUUGAGGUAUUUGAACAUUUCUAGAAACUCGUUCAAAGGUAGUAUUCCUCAUUCAAUCGGCAACAUGAGUAAGUUAGAGUCACUGGAUCUGUCGAGCAACAAUUUUACUAGGGAAUUACCUGAACGCUUGGUUAUGGGCUGUAACGAAUUGCUUACGCUGAAGCUUUCACAGAAUAAACUGCAGGGCCAGUUAUUUCCCAAAAAAUGGAACCUCACAUCGCUCAGGUUGUUGCAUUUAGAUAAUAAUAUUUUUUCCGGACAGUUGUUACAUGGACUUCUUACAAGCUCCGACUUCAGAGUGUUGAAUCUAAGCGAUAACUCGAUCUCAGGAAAACUACCUGAUUGGAUGGGGGACUUUUCUUCCCUUUUGUUCCUUGUUGCGUCCAGGAACUUGUUCAAAGGUCCUAUACCAGUUGGCUUUUGCAGACUUGUUGAACUGAUUGUAUUAGACCUUUCAUGGAAUAGUCUUUCUGAUAAAAUACCUCAUUGUUUCAAUUUAUCAUCACUAAUUUAUUUAAGCCUUCACAAAAAUGAAUUGUCAGGACCUUUGCCAGGAGCUCUUUAUAGAUCAUCUUCCCUUGUGACAUUGGAUAUUGGGGAUAAUAAACUAUCAGGGGAAAUUCCAAGGUGGAUCAACCUACUCCCAAAUUUGAGGUUUCUUUUAUUAAAUAGAAACAAUUUUGUAGGUUCCAUUCCUUUUCAGCUAUGUCAGCUUCACAACAUCAGCAUACUGGAUCUUUCUUUCAAUAACAUUUCUGGUCUAAUACCUUCAUGUUUGACUGAUAUACCAUUUGGUCGUAGAAAAGCACAUGAUCAAACCUUCAAAAAUAACCAGUUCACUCAUCACGUGGUAGAAAUAGAAUUUAUCUCAAAGAGUAGGCCUAAUUCAUACAAAGGAAGCAUCUUGGAUUUCAUGUCAGGGAUCGAUUUUUCUAGGAAUAGAUUGACAGGACGUGCACCAGAUAGGAAGGCUCAGUUUGCAACAUUUGAUGCUAGAAGCUAUGAAGGCAAUCCUUUUCUUUGUGGAUUACCUCUCCAGGAAAAUUGCGGAAGGAGCACAGGCGCAGUAUCAAAUCCGAAUCCAGGAGAUCUAGGAGAAACUGAUGAUCUGUUCAAAGAUUCAUUUUUUCAGACUUUUGUUCCAUCAUGCGUUGUAGCAUUCCUGGGAGUUGCUGCUUUUAUCUACUUCAACUCUACUUGCAGAAUGAUUUUUCAGUUUAUUGAAGCAAAACUCUUAUCUUCCAGAUAG